CAAUAUGUAUAUUCUUUCUGCACUCAAAUUUAAAUCUUUAUCUCUGUAAUUUAGAUACAAUAUAUUAUAUAGCUUGGAUAAAAAAAAAUUUUGCCUUGAGAAAAACAAAAUUUUAUAAGCUUUGCUGCAUGACUUUUUCAAAAUCGAAUGGAAAAAAAUUAGGGUUUUGGUUUUGGGUGUGAUAGCCAGCCCAAUUUUCGAAGUAGUUCAAAUACAAACGGGCCACAAAAGGAUCCGUCGGGUGUUACCGCCACCCGCCCUCUUCCCGCGCCGUCUUCAAGAUAAUCAUCCAUCCAUGCUCCGAUUUCCACCCAUAAACCAAUAAACGCAGCGUUUCAGAAUCCAAAUGGAAAAGCUGUCACCUUCUUCUUCGUCUGUCGACCACAAAGCUUGGACAGAGGCCCAAGAUUUGCUGAAGCAAAAAUUGAUUGCAGAAGAUGAUUUCUCAUGGAGAUUAGAUUCAAAGUCAAACUCAAGGUCAAUGGAGAGAGAGGAGGAGAAAGAGGAGGAGAGAGAGGAGCUGUUGAAGUAUGUGGGAGGGGUUGAUAUAAGCUAUUCAAAAGAAAACCCAUCAAUGGCAUGUGGAAUUCUUGUGGUUUUGGAGCUCAAAACUCUCCAAGUUGUGUAUCAAGACUUCUGUGUUGUCAUUCCCAAUGUGCCUUAUGUUCCUGGCUUCCUUGCCUUCAGAGAGGCCCCAGUGUUGCUUGAGCUUUUGGAGAAAAUGAAAAACAACAAUAGUCCUUUCUACCCACAGCUUCUAAUGGUUGAUGGAAACGGAAUACUUCAUCCUCGAGGUUUUGGCUUGGCUUGUCAUCUUGGCAUUCUGGCAAAUCUACCUACUAUUGGGAUCGGAAAAAAUCUUCAUCAUGUGGAUGGUCUAACACUAUCCGGAGUGAAGCAGCUUCUUGAAGCCCAAGAAGACAGUGCUGAAGGUUUUAUUACUUUGAAAGGAUGUUCAGGCCGUACAUGGGGAGCGGCAGCAAGAUCUACAGGUGGCUCAUUGAAACCUAUAUUUAUUUCAACUGGUCACCGUAUAUCACUUGAUACUGCCACCAGAAUUGUGAAAAUGACUUGCAAAUUUCGUGUCCCUGAGCCUAUCCGGCAGAUAAUCUCUUCUAAUUCCGCAAUUGGUCCAGAAAAUCUCAAUGUGGCUUUCGUUAUGUUGUGAGGUUGUUCAUAAUUUCUUUUUUCUUUCAGAAAGGCUGAUAUAAGAUCUAGAGACUAUCUUCGGAAGCAUCAAACGAGAACAUCCAAAGAUUGAGUUUUGAAAUAUGGUAAGUGCCCUGGUUACACCACCAGGCUUUCCAAGAGAUCCACAUCGCCAUCUACACUUGAAGACAACGUUCUGAAGUCCAUGACGUGCAAUCAAGUAUCCGAAUUCGACGAAGUCCAAUCAACGUCGGGACAAGGAGGGGUGACAGUUGAGAAGUUUUGUAGACAACUUGGACAGUACGGAGGUCCCGGACUGCACUGACGGCUUAACAUACUUCAGCACCUCCUCUAUCGUCCUUUCUGUGCUUGCGCUUUUGGCUGCAGCUAUUCUCCAGACGACAUCAUCGUCAACAUUUUCGUCAUCUUGUAUAACGCUAGUACAACGCUAAACUAGCUGUAAAAAUUUGAUUACUAGAGCUGAAAUCUCUAAAUAAGUGAUUGACGAAUAAGCUAAGAGCGAAAAAACCGAAUACCCUACUAUGAUCGGUCGAUAUAAAAACACAAACACAUGCGUACACAUAUGUAUACACACAAAAAUAGACAUGAUAUGCAUGCAUUUUGUCACAUCC